AUGAGGGACCUUGCCGCGCGAGCGUUGGGCGCGAAUCAUGUGUGGGUGUCCCUAUUCCUCGGUGUGUGCAUGCAGUUAUGCGCCGGCACCCUCUACUCAGUCACAGCAUGGGGGGUGACGCUGAAGGAGGUGGCAGGGUGGAACUCGGAUGAGUCCUUGGGCGUCGCGGAGACGGUGGGCACGAUGGGCAUCAACAUCGCGUUUCAUAACGGAUUCCUCGUCGACCGUCUCGGAUCGCGACCCAUGUCCGCGGUUGCGGCGCUCGCGCUCUUCUCCGGGUGGCACUUGCUCGCGAACGUCGCGUCCUCGGGAGGAUCGCCGAGUGCGGCUGCACUUGCCCUCUGGCUCGUUGGGCAGGGAAGCAUCACCGCGUUCAUGUGUUCACUGGACGCGAACGUGGGAAACUUCAGCGAGGAGAACCAGGGCAAGGCGCACGGCUUGCUGCUGAGCGGUUUCGGAGGAAGCGCGGCGCUCUUCGCGACGGUGUACAGGUCGCACUUCGCGGGCGUUCCGACGGCGCUUCCAUCGUUCUUUCGGGGCGCCGGGUACGUGACUGCCGUGGUGUGCAUCGCGGGUGCCCUUCUCUUGAAGGACGCUCGCCACGGCGACAAAUCCAAGGCACGGCGAGUCGUGUGCGAAGAAGGUGAGGAAGGAGAAGGACCAGAGUUGGUCGGAAGUCGCGAACGGAGCGAUGGGAUUGAGAUGUCGACAAUGAGCAAGGAUGGCGGGAUGUCUCGGGCACAGAUGGAAAGUUUCGCAAACCUUCACGCGACGACCCAUGGAACAGAUGAUGGCGAGGACGAAACCACAUGGCAGUACCUAAGAGGUGUAGCCGGCAGACCUCUGUAUUGGGUUAUUUUCGUGAUUGUCGCGUGUACCAUAGGCACGGCCCUGCUUUGGGUGAACGAGGCGGGUUCCUUCACUCACGUGUUGACGGGGUCAAGAAAGGGACUCUCGAACAUGGUUGUGGCAUUCUCUCUAGGGAACGUUUUCGGCAGACUCGGCGCGGGAUGGGCGUCCGAUGUCGUGGAGCUUUCGUUUGGCGCACCCAGAUCCGUGUUCCUUACAUUUGGUGGGGGCCUGUUUUCUGUGUCCAUGGCGGCGCUCGCGGGCAGCGAGAGAACCUCGUCGUCAUCCAGGAUGUUUUCAGCUAUUGGAGUUGGACUGGCUGAAGGAACCGUAAUGUCAUCGUGGACUGCAAUCGUGAGACGAUCGUUCGGCGCAGAGAGGUUUGGACUCAACCUGGCUGUGUAUAACUUUGCGAUGGCAAUCGGUAGCGGCAUUUUGAACGGGCUCGCAGCAGCGGCCACGGAAACAGAGGACGAGCAGAAGGAAAUUAAUAACCUCCGGUUGGUGUUUUGGGUGGCAGCCGUGUUCAAUGCACUCGCCGCUGUGAUUGGGAUUGUGGCGACGAGGAUCCUCAGGGAAGAGAACGCACGGAUGGGGUAUCAAAUGACGAUAAUUUAG